AUGUAUCGGAAGUUGUCUAAGUUAGAACACUCGGAAAUAAAACAACUUCUUACAGAAGCUAACAUAGAUGUUGCAAAGCAUUACGCAACAAACAAAAAAGCACUCGCUGACAUCCUCAAUGACUAUAAUGGUGCAAUAAGUUAUGAUAGAAUUCAUGAGUUCAUAAAGCCGCAACGCGGCGAGGACGAAGUCCAUGCAAGAGCAUUUCCUUUAAAUGACGUUGCUAUUGACUUAUAUCAUAGACGUUCAGUACCUCAUGAAGUAAGAAGAGAAAUGUUUGACAUAACAAAUGCAAACGUUGGUGAAACAAGAAGAAGAGACGACACACUGAAACAACAGAGAAGAGAGAUGUUUAAGAGCGCUAUAGAACAAGUUCGCAAAGCUAACGAUGUCUUCGUUCCAUUGACGACAAACCAAAAGAAGGUGAGAGAUGGUUAA